UCAUCACUCGCACACGUUGCUUCAUUCAUUUCGGAGAUUCUAAGGUACUCAAAAAAACACAAGCAUAUUCUCCACUUUCUUCUUCUUCCUUUCACAUUUUCCAUCAUCAUAGCUUUUCAUUUUUCCCAUAAAAAAACUAGUUAUUAAGAAAUGGCAGAAGCUGAAGAUAUUCAACCUCUUGUUUGUGAUAAUGGAACUGGAAUGGUCAAGGCUGGGUUUGCGGGAGAUGAUGCGCCGAGGGCGGUGUUCCCUAGCAUUGUUGGUCGUCCGCGCCACACUGGUGUGAUGGUUGGUAUGGGACAAAAGGAUGCAUAUGUUGGUGAUGAAGCACAAUCAAAAAGGGGUAUUUUGACUCUAAAGUAUCCAAUUGAGCAUGGAAUAGUUAGUAACUGGGAUGAUAUGGAAAAGAUCUGGCAUCAUACUUUCUACAACGAGCUGCGUGUUGCGCCAGAAGAACAUCCUGUUCUUCUCACGGAAGCACCACUUAAUCCGAAGGCUAACCGUGAGAAAAUGACUCAGAUUAUGUUUGAGACAUUCAAUACUCCGGCUAUGUAUGUCGCUAUUCAGGCCGUGCUUUCGCUUUACGCUAGUGGCCGAACAACUGGUAUUGUUCUUGAUUCCGGAGAUGGUGUCAGCCACACAGUUCCUAUCUAUGAAGGCUACGCCCUCCCGCAUGCAAUCCUGCGUUUGGAUCUCGCGGGUCGUGAUCUGACAGACGCGCUGAUGAAAAUCUUAACCGAACGUGGGUACUCUUUCACCACGACAGCUGAGCGGGAAAUCGUGAGAGACGUGAAGGAAAAGCUAGCCUACAUUGCUCUUGAUUAUCAACAAGAGCUAGAGACCUCAAAGACAAGCUCAGCUGUUGAGAAGAGCUACGAGUUACCUGACGGACAGGUGAUCACUAUAGGCGCGGAACGGUUCCGUUGCCCUGAAGUACUCUUCCAGCCGUCGAUGAUUGGUAUGGAAGCUCCUGGUAUACACGAAACAACAUACAAUUCAAUCAUGAAGUGUGAUGUUGAUAUUAGGAAGGAUCUCUACGGAAACAUUGUGCUGAGUGGUGGUUCGACUAUGUUCCCUGGGAUUGCUGAUAGGAUGAACAAGGAGAUUUCGGCUUUGGCACCAAGUAGCAUGAAAAUUAAGGUGGUUGCACCGCCGGAGAGGAAGUACAGUGUCUGGAUUGGAGGCUCCAUUUUGGCAUCUCUCAGCACAUUCCAACAGAUGUGGAUUGCAAAGGCAGAGUAUGAUGAAUCAGGCCCUUCAAUUGUUCACAGGAAAUGCUUCUAAGGAUGCAGAUCUUUUUACUAAGAAAUACUAUAAAUGGUUGACGAUUUAUAAUUCUUUUUUUUAUUUACCAUUUUUAUAAUGUUUGUUAUUAGCUAUUGAUAUAUUGGGAUAAGAACAUGAGAGCAAGGUAAGAUAUGUAACUUUUGUUAUUGCUAUUUUGGUACUGAUUUGGUUUGGAUUUUGAAGAUAUAACAGGUGUAUGUAUUGGAUUUAUUAUUUAUUGUUAUCUGCAAUGAAAGUGUCAUUGUUUGAUCACAGCACAAUCUUCAAUAAUAGUAAUAUAAUGAGAAUCAAUGCUCUUGAUGAUUGA